AUGGCAGCACAGAGCAAACUUGCUGAGAUCGCCUUUAAAUGCAGCUGCCAGGAGUUCGCCCAUCCUUGGACGUCGAGCUGCGCCUGCGCGACGGCUGGCAUGCUUUUAUCCCUAAUCCCUGGCACAUUUAAGACUUAUAGUAUGGUCUACAUGUUGGCACUCUUAAUGCGCAGGCGCAUUCCUUCGCUCAAGGACCUGCGAAAGACCUUAACCAGUACUCUGCAGUCGACGGCUUUCCUGUCUCUAAAUGGAAGCCUCUUCAUCCUAGCCAUUUGUCUGGUGCGGCAGUAUCUCGGUGGUUUCUACUUCGGUACUGCAACCUGGUUGCCAGCACUCUUGGUGAGCUCCAUAUCGCUGGCAGUCGAGCGUCCGGAGCGACGUACUCCACUGGCAUUGUAUGUGGCCAAUGUUGGCAUCGAAACGCUUUGGAAAAUGUUAGAGGCCCGUGGUCUGGUGCGAUCCAUUGCGAACGGCCAGGUGCUCAUCAUGGGAGCCAGUAUCACCGCAUUGAUGUAUUUAUAUCGUGCCGGACUGCAUAGGACUGUUGCCAAGGAUGCGACUUUUAAGGGAUUGGGUCUGGUCAUGGGCAAGGAGGAGGAGGGUCCCCUAAAGCCGCCUACGGUGAUCAUUCCGCAGAGAUCUGACCUUGGUAGACUAAACUUCCGCUGCAUCACUUCGUACCUUAGGGUCUAUGACCACCUGACUGCCCUUAAACAUCCUUGCUGCCCUCACCAGCUUGGCUGUGCGGCGUAUGCCCUCCUUGGUGGAGUUAAGCCUUUUGUGGGCGGAGUGGGUCUUCAAGUGUGUUUGAAACUGCUGCUCAACACUUCAAAGAUACUUCAGCAAAAGAUGCAGUGGCGCCAGCAGAUCUUCAACAAAGGAUCCCUGCAGUUGGGCCUAGCGCUCGGAUUAUUCUCACUGCUUUUUAAGAUAACUUCUUGUGGCUUGCGUCACUCUUUUGGAUAUGAUAAUGCGCUCUUUGCCAUUCCAUCUGGGUUAAUAGGAUCAUUUGGGCUCCUACACUUUCCCAACACCACGGUGUCUCUGUAUCUGAUGUUGAAGUCAUUACAACUCCUGUACAACUGGGGCGUCGCCGAGGGAAAGGUUCCCGAGGUGCCACAAUUCUCCAUGGCUAUGUAUGGAUUCUUCACGGCCGUACUUUGUCACUCGACUGUUCUGGAGGCACAAUCCAUGCGGCCCAGUUACUUUAAGUUCAUAGAAAACAUCUCGGGAGGUCGUCUUAGCCGGUUCAAUCUGAAACCCUUCGAGGCUUUUGGAGUUAAGAGUCAGGAUCAGGCUGAUUAUGUUAUCAAAAAACUGGGCAUUGUUAUGACCUCCGCAAACCCUCUAUUUCCACUGGCUGUUUAG